AUGACAGCACUAACAGCAAUAGCAACUAUACUAUCUGUACUUGGAAAUAUUCUGAGUACUUUAUUGGCACUGUCACCAAUAAAACAAUUUAUUGAAAUUGACAAAAAAAGAGAUGUUGGUAAAAUGAACAUUCUACCUAUUAUCUUUCUAUCGGCCAAUUCAAUGAUGUGGAUUAUAUAUGGGAUGGUGACCAAGAGAUUAAGUAUUCUUCCAGUCAACACUUUUGGUUUAUUGAUUACACUAUACUUUGUAUUUGUAUUUUAUGGUGCCACUCCAGACGUUUAUGCUUAUCAAGUGAUAAAGAAACGAGAUGUAUCAACAAUGAACUAUCCAUUAGCAUUAAUGUCGACAAUUGCAGCGACAUGUUGGACUUUUUAUGGUAUACUAGUUCAAGAUCCUUAUAUCAUUGUACCAAAUGGAGCAGGUGCAGCCAUUUCAUUUACUCAAUUGGUUGUUUACUUUCUCAUUAAAAAGUUGGCAAGUGGAUAUUCGGAUCAUCUCAAUCUACAAGGCAACUCAUCACCUACAUUUAUAAGUGAAUCUCAACAUCUUGAAAUGGAUGAAGAUACUCCUGGUGGAGAAAUUUAA